AUGGCAAGGUUCAACUUUGAGACUCAGCUCCAAGAGAGACUUGGUGUCCCAGACUCGAUUUGGCUUGGAUUCGUCCAAGUUGACCUGAACAAACCCGAGAUAGGCCGUGGUUUGGAUGCCACGGUCUAUACAAGUGAGUUGGAGGGUCUCCUUGUUGCUGUGAAGGUCUUACAUAGUAUUUUACUCCAACAGGGCAAUGUCGGGCGUACAGCUCUUUUGCAGCGAUUCGGCACUGCGUGCCUAGUCAUGCGCCGACUGCACCAUGAAAGAAUUGUGCGACUCCUCGGGAUCGGCAUUGCUCCCAAUCAAUCUCCGUGUAUAGUGGUAGAACUGAUAGCCGGCUCGCUAUUUGAUCGAAUUGGAGUUGAGCCAAGAGAGCCAUUCGCUCAAAGCCUUCAGUAUUUAGUCGACGUGGCAGAAGGCUUGCGCAUUCUACACGGCAAGAACAUUUUGCACCGCGAUUUGAAACCACGUAACAUCUUGGUCACGGCAGGGCGAGCCAAGAUAGCUGAUGUUGGUUUGGCCCGCACUCUUCAUGGUAGUCAAGAGAGCCUACAAGUAGGAACAGCAUACGACGAGAAACUGGAUGUGUUUUCUCUAGGAGUGGUGAUGCUGUCGCUGCUUGUGGGACGACCACCAUCCCCAACUGAAGCUACUGUUCUCCUGGAAAAUGGAACGCGGAGAUCAGUUCCGGAGGGUCGCCGACGCAAGGCAGACCUGGAUCGACUGGGCUCGGAUCACCCACUACAUUCUCUAAUCUUGUCGUGUCUGCAUGACAAUCCUGGGUCUAGACCCACAUCGGCUGAUGUUCACAUGCACUUACUGCAGAUCUCACCUCACUCUAUGGAGUAG